AUGUGGCUCUCAGAUUCACAAAAAGUCGGAGUCGCCUUCUGCUCAGGUGGGGGAUUCUUUCUAGUUGGGGGAGUGAUCAUGUUUUUCGAUAGAGCCAUGCUGGCCAUGGGCAAUAUCCUCUUUCUCCUUGGUCUUACCCUUAUAAUCGGCCUACAAAAGACAGCAGUCUUCUUCGCUCGGCGUCAGAAAUUGAAGGGAACGGCUGCGUUCGCGGCAGGAAUCAUACUCAUAGUUCUACGAUGGCCCCUAGUGGGCUUCCUAAUUGAAUUGUACGGGAUAUUUGUGCUCUUUGGUGACUUUUUUUCAACAAUCGGUGGAUUUGCCGGAAACAUCCCCGUGGUGGGACCGUACAUACAGCAGGCGCUAGUCAGAGCUGGAGGAGGGCGGAGGAAUGCAGAAUUGCCUGUAUGA